AUGUCCAGCGAAAAGAACCUCUCGAAGGCCCGUCUGUGCCACAUACAGAAGUGGGACCACUUCGACGGCUACGGGUUCAAUCUUCACGCCGAGAAGGGCAAGCCCGGGCAGUACAUAGGCAAAGUUGACGAGGGCUCGCCGGCCGAGGCCGCCGGCCUGAGGCAGGGCGACCGCAUCUUGGAGGUAAACGGCGAGAGCAUAGCCAAUAAGACGCACAAGCAGGUAGUCGAACUGAUUAAGGCCCAAAGCGGCGAAACGAAGUUGCUGGUGGUGGACCCCAUCGAGGAUGUCGUGAUACUGACCGAUGCGGCCAAAAGCAACGGCAGCGACGUCUCGAAGAAGGAGCAACAGGAAAAUGGCACGCUCAACCUGAACAUGACGGCCGCCGAGCUGAGGGCGCAAUUGGCGGCCAAAAAGAAGUUCGAUCCCAAAAAAGAAGCCAUGGAUUUUAAACAGAAGUUCGACAUUGUGCAGAAACUAUAG